AUGGCUUUAGCAUUCAAGUCGAAUCGAACCAAUGAUGAUACUAACAAUUUCACCACAUCGACAGCCGCUGACGAUGAAGAUAUGUGGAGAAGAAUUCGAACAUUUUUCAAUCUUCAGAAUUCGAUGAUUAUCUUAGGCAUAAUCUGUUUGGCAUUCUUCUUUGUCACCUUAUGUCUUGUAUUUAUUAUCCUUCAUCUGUUAAAAAACAAACGUUCGUAUCAAGGUCCAUCGACGCACAAUCCUUCGAGUAGUUAUCCCAAACUAGAUCAUCCUGUUAGUUUUCAAACAUCGCCUAAUCAAAUGGGUUUUACAUCGAACCAAAUGACUUCACUUGGAAAUAUUCUUCCUAACAGUAAAGAUAUUCAAAUUCAAGAAUCUACACCAACUAUGCUUAGUUCAAGUUCAUUUCAUCAAAGUAAUCAGACACAAUCAUUUGACAAUUUCGAACAUGAACUUAAACGCACGUGGAAUGAACGAGGUAUUACCAAUCCGCGGUCAUUCACUAGUGAUGAUGAAGUUGAAACCGUCAAUGAAGUUUUAGAAAUGGAAGAACGAAAUGGAAAAGUUUACUACAAAGUGAAUUUCACCGGUCAUCCAUCCGAUUAUACCGCCUGGGUGUGUGAAGAAGAUUUAAUACCUGAAUAA